AUGUUCAAUUUUGGGAAUACAGGUGCCAAUGCAGGCAAUGCUGCGAAUAACGGCUCAAUUUUUGGCAGCAAGCCAGCAACAACAACGACAGGGUUCUCGGGUGGCCUAAACAAUGGCAAUCCCCAAGGCCAGUCUUCAGGAAUGCAGUUUGGUCAAAACAACGCACAACAGAACUCUGGUGGACUUCUUGGGCAGUUUAACACAGGAACAACUGGCUCGGGAGGUCUUUUUGGUAACAAACCUAGCGGGGGGUUGACUUUUGGCCAAAAUUCUAAUCAGCAACAACAGUCCGCAGCUCAGAAUCCGAGCCAGUCGGGUUCUCUUUUCGGUAAUAGUAACCAACAGAGCUCAGGUGCUGGAUCAGGUGGCUUGUUUGGUAGUAAUAACCAACAAAGCUCAGGCACUGGAUCAGGCAGCUUGUUUGGAAACAGUAACCAACAAAGCUCAGGCGCUGGAUCGAGUGGCUUGUUUGGCAACAAUAAUCAGCAGCAAACAAAUAGCACUUCCGGUGGUUUGUUUGGAAGCAACAAUCAGCAACAGACUAACAACACAUCAGGAGGUCUGUUUGGCAACAAACCUUCCGUUGGAACAACGGGUGGCCUGCUUGGUAACUCGAGCAAUAAUAAUACAAAUACGACUGCUACUGGUGGUCUUUUUGGCAAUAACACCCAGACGCAGCAACAAGGAUUCAAUUCAGGGCCUCAAUUUGGUACUCAGGCCCAGCAGCAGCCUCAGGGAAACUCUCUUUUUGGGAAUACGGGAACAGUGAGCUCCACUCAACCCUCGUUUGGCUGGUCUCAACCUUCCAAUAAUCAGAACGCGAACCAGCAGCAGAACCAAUCACAACUUCAACAGCAACAGCAGCAGCAGCAAAUGCAGAUACAGCAACAGCAAAUGCAACAAGUUCAACAAUCAAACUAUCCUCAGCAGAUCCAAGAACAAAUCGUCAAAUGCAAAGAAUCUUGGAACCCACAAUUUUCCAGAAGUAAACUGAGAACGUUUUUCUAUAACAAGGUGAAUGAAACUGAAGCAAUGCUUUACAAUAAGCCUCCUGGCGUAUCUCAAGAGGACUGGGACGAAGCUCUUUUGCAUAAACCGUCUCCAAGCGUUAUCCCGGUUCAAGCAUUUGGUUUUGACGACUUAAAUCAACGCAAUAUAUUGCAAAGGGAUAACGUUGCUCAAGCACGUCUAAUACUGAACCAGAUUCUCGAAAAGUUGACUCAACUCUCACAAAAGCAUGAUUUAGAUACAGCGUCCAGAAUUUUGAAAGCACAAAGCAGGAAUGUUCAAAUACAGCAAAGAAUCAUCAAGCUGGGCUCAUAUCUGGCAAUUCUGAAAAGCAAAGGCCUGCCGCUUUCGGUUGGAGAAGAAAAAAUGUGGUCGGAAUUCGAGAAACUUUUAAAGCGGAGCAAUGACCCUGCAGGGCUAGGUAAGAAUAAUGAAUUGUGGGCAAGACUCUCUGUACUAAAGGAAAGGUCCAAAACCAUCUCAGACCAGUUAGAUAGUACUUUGGUGGCUAUAAGUGAGAAAAAUGGAUUCGAUGCGCAAUCGAAUACCUCAUCCAGACACGAUGAUAAGAGGGUAGACGAAGAAGUAGAAAAUAGAGUCAACAAGAUUGCCGAAAUUUUGAGCAAUCAACAGCGUGGCCUGUGCUACUUGCGAGAUGUUCUUGACAAAGACGAAAAAGCUGUUGACAAAUAUGUAAGUUAA